AUGCAAAAAGGCUGCCGAGAGAACACGGAUCCUUUCGUCAGACAUCCACCACCAUGGAGCGCACUUCGAUCCUCCAACUAUGGCUUCAGCUUGAUGCAAGUUCACAACGCCACACAUCUCCAUUUCCAACAAGUCGCUGCAGCAAAAGAGGAAGUCGAUGAUGAUUUUUGGUUGAUCAAGAACAGCCAUGGACCAAUGGGAAGAGAAGAGAAGAAGAAGUUGAAGAGACAUGGAACCCAUAUCCCUCACGAUUAUUGUCACCACGAAAGUCACUGCAAAAAUUAUCAUCCAAAUGGACAUUUA